AUGGGUUGUGGAUCGAACCCUGUACUGCAAAAAGAGCGGAAAGUUACCUUGGGACCCCCAGACUUACAGGAUUUGACUCCUGCGAUAUUACGAGAAUUUUCAAGCUCAACUGAGACACUCAGCACACGGCAAGACGAUAUCGAGUGGUGCACAGCCAGAACAAUUGAGGCACAGGAUCAAGACAAGUUCUACCGGUGUUUCAACAAGAGAGCCGGUAGAGGUGUGCCAGUCUGA